GCCAACGCCGCCGCGCGUCCUUCAAACGUUCCCUAUCGAUUCUCGCGAGCCGUAUAUUACAUCGCGGCUCGCGCGGAGGCAUGCUAGUCGACGCUAUCGCGUCGUUAUCAUCGUCAGUGCCGGUGCGGAUCGCGGAUCACCGUCGGAUCGGAUAGCGAGGGCCCUGUGCAAGAAACGGGAAUGAGUUCACAAAGGUUAUUUGCGCGACAAGCUUAAUAUCUAACAUAUGAUAUAUAUCUAACGAACCUCACGUAUACGCGUGUGGGUUGCAUGUGUGCGCCAUAUAUCCGUUUCAUUUCCGAGAUGCAGAAAGUGCAAAAAGUGAGUGUAAAAGCGAGCGGAUCUGCGGGGGCAGCGCCGACGGGGCGAGAUCGGGAGAGCGGCGAGUCGUACCUCACGGAUCCGGCGCACGCGAGCGGGCCUCCUAUUUUCGAGAUGUCGACGGACGACGACGGUGGGACGUGCUGCAACUCCCGGCAGAACGGCAUCGUUCAGCCGCUGCUCACAGAUUUAUAUCAAAUCACUAUGGCUUAAAAGAAUCCUUUUCAGGGAGAAUUCACGAUCUUCGCUGGGCUUGAGGAGUGCAUAAAGUUCUUGAAUAAAUUUCAUUAUUCUCCUAGUGAUAUCAAGUACCUGAAGUCGACUAUGCCUGCUACGGUAGACCAAAGAUUCUUUGAUUAUCUACAAAGUCUUACUGCAAGAAAUGUUACAAUAUACGCCAUAGAUGAGGGAUCGGUCGUAUUUCCAAGAGUUCCUUUAAUAAGAGUGGAAGGACCAUUAAUAAUGGUACAGCUCUUAGAAACAACUCUGUUAACAUUGGUCAACUAUGCAAGUCUAAUGGCGACCAAUGCGGCAAGAUAUCGCAUGGUAGCUGGGAAAAACAUAACGUUGCUUGAAUUUGGUCUUCGAAGAGCGCAAGGACCUGAUGGAGGAUUGAGUGCAUCUAAAUACAGCUAUGUUGGUGGAUUUGAUGGGACUAGUAAUGUCUUGGCUGGAAAGCUGUUCAAUAUACCUGUAUGUGGUACACAUGCACACGCAUAUAUCACGUCUUUCACCUGCAUCAGCGAUCUGCAAGGGAAAACAUUGGCGCAUAAGCAAACGGGUGACAUUUUAGAUGUAUUGGAACUUGCUUGUAAGCAUCGCGAAGCUAUUGCUGACGAUUUGGGAGCUUUAGCUUCGCAGGCGUCUGAUGGAGAAUUAGCGGCUUUAAUUAGUUACGCCGUCGCUUUCCCGGAAAGAUUCACUGCUCUUGUGGACACGUAUGAUGUUAAGAGGAGCGGUCUGUUAAACUUCUGCGCGGUAGCGUUAGCUUUGAAUGACUUGGGAUACAGAGCUAUCGGUAUCAGGAUUGACAGCGGCGAUUUAGCGUAUCUUAGUAACGUGGCGAGAGAUAUUUUCGAGAAAAUUGCCAUCAAGUACGACAUACCAUGGUUUGCAAAAUUGAUGAUUUGCGCGUCCAACGACAUCAACGAAGAGACUAUAAUAAGUUUGAACGAGCAGAGCCACAAAAUUGAUUGUUUUGGGAUUGGAACGCAUCUCGUAACAUGCCAAAGACAACCGGCUCUGGGAUGCGUUUACAAAAUGGUAGAAAUUAAUAAUGAACCGAGAAUCAAGUUGAGUCAAGAAGUUGGAAAGGUCACAAUACCAGGCAGAAAAGAUGCUUAUAGACUGUAUGGAUCGGAUGGCUACGCAUUGAUAGAUCUUUUGCAGAUAACAACGGAAGACCCACCGCAAGUAAUGCAGAAGGUUCUUUGUAGGCAUCCGUUUCAGCAAACAAAAAGGGCUAAUGUUACACCAUCCCGAGUGGAGUCUCUGCACAAGAUAUACUGGAAAGAUGGCAAAUUGUAUCAACCAUUACCUACUUUGCAAGAGGUUCGCAAUAGAGUGCAAGAAUCUCUCAAUACAUUGCGUAACGAUCAUAAAAGAAACUUGAAUCCAACACCAUAUAAGGUAGCUGUCAGUGAUAUUUUAUAUAGAUUUAUAGACGAAUUGUGGUCUCAGAAUGCGCCGAUCGGAGAAUUACGGUGAAGCAUACUACUCUUAUACAAGAGUAUCGUUAAACUAGUCUCUAGCAAUUAUAAAUACAGAGUAAUAACAGAAUCAGGAAUCACAGAUUUGCUAAGGAAAUGCAUAAUAUAAUAAGUCUUCUUUUAAAAAAAAAAUGUAAAAACAACGUACCGUUGUAAUCGAGCAUAUAUGUAUCAUAAACAUCAAAUUGAGCCAUAUAUGUAUGCAUAGUAUGAUUAUAAUAUGGAAUGUAAUCAUUAGAGAGAAAGAGCGAGGAUCCUAAAGAGCAUAUUUUUUACAUUUUCCAUUGUUGAAAUAUCGAAUUAUAUUAUCACCAUUGCAACAGUAUAUUUUGGUAAAUCUUGCGCAAAUCAUAUUAUAAUAUAUUUGUAUAGUUUUACACGAUUUAUAUAGAGUGAGAUGUUCCGUUACAGAAGUCUAUUUACGAGCAGUAGUUUCGUAGCGCACACACAUACACGUAUUCUUAUUCCUAUUAAAAAAAAAAAGUACAAAAUAGUGUACAAAAAAAGUACAGUGUGUAUGUGAUUUUAGGCAUGCACAACUCAAAUUUCCGAGUAAUGAUUAACUCCAUAGAAGAUAAAUUCUAUAGAUAAUGUAGAGUAUAUAUAUGUGUAUACACGGUUGAAAAUACUUCAAAGAAUGGCAAUAUAUGGUAGCAUAAGCGUUUCACUAAAUUUUGAUCAUAUUGUUGUGUUGCUGGUCUCUCUUCUUUUUCUUCUUUUUUGUUAUACUUUC